AACCUCUACAUUUUUCUUUUCCAACCAGACCCAACUAGAAUCCUUGUGGCACGGGCUUCGCCACCUGGCACCGGGCAAUUUUUUAACACCGUGGUAUUCGCACGACAUCGUUUCUGGUUUCUUUCUUUUUACCUGUCAGCGAUUCAGUUACAUGAUACAAACACGCUACGGCAAUCGGAGAGACAGAGGAAGCGAGCUGAUCAUUCAUCGUGGUUCUUUCUCUCUUCUUUCCAAAUCCCGUGGAAUUUCAAUUUUCGAUUGAAGCAAUUGAGACUUCGUUCUAUGAACUAGCUUGUUGUUGACAGGAUACAUUAGAAGAAUUCUUGAAGAUUCAAUUUGGUGUUGCACCUUCUACAGUUUUAGCAGUUAACCCCUUCUCUUGUAUCACCCUUGUUUGUCUGGUGUGAUGUGGGGUUUUGCUUCUAAUGCCAUCACAAGCAUUGGACUUAAAAGAAGCUCCUCAGAGCCAAGCCGGGUUUGUUUGGACUCCUCGGACGAUGAAGUCUGCUCAAAUUCAAGCCAAGAGGAGGGGUUAGAAUGCCCUAUAUGCCUGGAAUCUUUUAACAUUGUCGAGAAUGUACCCCAUGUCUUAUGGUGUGGUCAUACCCUGUGCAGAAAUUGUGUCUUGGGGCUUCAAUGGGCUCUCUUUAAAUUCUCCUCUCAAAAGUUUAAGAUCCCAUUUUUCAUUGCUUGCCCGUGGUGCCAUUUGUUGUCUUUGCGGCUGGUUUAUAAGGGGAAUCUAAAGUUUCCACGCAAGAAUUUCUUCCUUCUCUGGAUGAUUGAGAGCUUCAAUGGUGAAAGGGUAAAGUUCGGUUCUGCACUCAGUGGGGAGAAUCAACAAAUUGGUUCUCCAAGAGCAAGUUUAGCUAUUGGAAAUCAAACUGGCAACGGUAACCUGAGGAGGACCCAUUCUAGUUGCCCUUCGCUGUCGAGGUAUAACCACGAUGAUAGGGGUAGUCGUGUCGAGCGGAAUCAUUUCUCCCUGCAGAAGUCUUUGGAAAGUUUCAUUCACAUUACAUCCAAGUUCCCAUUAGUCAUAGUGUUUCUUUUGAUUGUCUUUUUUGCAAUACCUGGCUGUGCUAUUAUUUUGGCUCUCUACUUGUUACUCACAGUGGUUUUUGCAAUCCCCUCUUUCUUCCUAUUGUACUUUGCAUACCCUAUUUUGGAGAGGUUGGUGAGGGAGAUAACCUCAUGACCAGGCACUAUUGGCUCGUCACCCUUUUUAGAACCUCUUCCAGUUGUCAUCCAAUUUUUUUUUCAUCGAAGUAGAGCGCAUUAUGCUAACUUGAGUCUUCGGCAUCCAGAGCACUCUCGGAUUACGUGGUAUGCAUGACAGUGGAAGUUUCAAGAGUAUAUGAGGCAUGUUUCUUGGGUAAUUUGUAAGGUCUGGCGUCUGAGUUUGAAUGAUUGUCAUUAAUGUAACUACCAUUGUUUAUUGGAAGUGGCUGAUUUCCUAUUGCUCAA